UCGUCAAUGACGUGAAUGGUGUCAACCAAGGCAUCCUGGUCAUCGACGAGCUCCAAGACAGUGACGAGGGCACGUACUCCUGUGUCGCCCAUAACCAAGGGGGGGAUGUGACCGAGUCUGUCUUCAUCAAUACCAUUGUGCCUCCUAUCAUUGAGCCGAUCUGUAAACCAGUCCGAACCUGAGGGUAAUGCAGUGGAGCUUGCGUGUGUUGCCAAGGGCGACCCUGCCCCGACAGUCACCUGGAGAAUCAAGGGAUCUGACAUGACCAUUUCAGACAGUCAAGACGAAGGAAUCAGCAUCGAAUCGUCUGUGGAUAAACAGCCUCUGAUCCAAGUGAUGACUGUGAAGCUGAAGUUCGCCAAACUGGAACCCAAACAUGCCAACAACUACACAUGCUCAGCCUCCAAUGAAGCAGGAACUCAGGAGGCGGAUGGCCGAGUGCUUGUGGAGUUCAAGCCCAACUUCGCAGACACCCCCUACACGUCAACCUACAGCUGGCUAAACCAGAAGACGGAGAUCAAGUGUGUGGCAAACGCCGUACCUCUCGCUGUCAUCAAGUGGAAGCAUAAUGGUGCCAUUAUCGCUGACGGACCCAACUUCCAGAUCAGCUCCGAGAGAGGAAUUCGACAGAUGACCAGCAUUCUGCAGGUUUCCGUGAACGUUGAGAAUGAGAACACUAUCUUUGGGAAGUUCACCUGCAUAGCUGAGAACUUCCAUGGCGAGUCUGAGAACGAGAUAACCUUGCUUCAAGCAGUUGUGCCAUCUGCCCCAAGUAUUUCCAUCGAUGGAGUGUCUCCCACAACCAUCGACCUGCUGAUAACCCCUCAUCAAGAGACUGGCGGCCAACCCAUUAUUGACUACAAGGUUGUGUACUACGCAGAGGGUGAUGAACAAAACAAGGUCACACGAAUGGCUCCUGUCAGCGCAAAUGCCCAGGAAUUGCGAACACGGUUCCUCAUCGAUAAUCUGAGUGCCGAGGUACGAUACUACAUCAGCGUGGAGGCUCGCAACAACGUCGGCUAUGGAGCCAAGGCUGAAAUCUCGGACACAACACCAGCUGUCCGGCAACCAAACCAUCCAAAAGUUACCUCCCCUAGGUCUAGUGAUAAUCCUAACAGCUACAAGUUGGUUUGGGAGAAACCGGAGACUGGCGGCAAACCUCUGACUGGCUAUAAGGUCAAGUAUUACCAGGUGGAACUGAAAGCUGAUGACCCGGAGAAGGUGGAAAAGGUUGUUGGCGAGAUGAUCACCAAGACGAUUGGCAAGGGUGAUACGACCGAGAUUAGUCUAACUGAACUCAUGCCCAACUCGGCCUACGAACUACAGAUCACUGCCAUCAACGCUAUCGGAGAGUCCAUGGCCACAAAUAAAAUAUUCACAACACCACCUGGCGGACUUCCUAAUACAGGCAAAACAGAAGGAAUGGCCACUGCUGCCAUCAUUGGCAUCCUGAUCGCCAUCAUCAUCCUCUUGUUCCUCGUCAUCGAUGUCACCUUCUACUUCACCAAGCAGUGUGGCCUGCUAUGGACAAUCAAGGGGAAGGUUACUGGAGGAGAGGCUGGAGGUGAACGGGCCGAUGCGGAGGCUGCCGAUCAUGAGAAAGAGGCUUUCAUCAAGGAUGGGAAACAGGACAGCGAGGAGCCAUCAGCUAAAGAAAAUGUGGAUGUGGUGAACGAGACAAACAAGUCUGGAGAGGAAGACAAGAUGAAGGAGCUGGAGCCUGAAGAUAAAGAAGAGAAGCCAGUCACAGAGUCUGCGGAGGAGGUAAAAGAAGAGGCCCCGCCCGCCAGUUCCCCCCAGACAGAGAGCCCCCCAGCAACUACUGCGGAGGCGGCGCCGGCAGAGUCAGCAGUUCGAGCCACAGGGAGAAGACAAGGACCCGAAAGUGUAGUUGGAGCUAAGGGAGAUAACCGCUUUGCUGUCAGGUUGGGCUUCAAGUUCGUGAAUGAAACUGUUCAUGUUUUUUUAAUGUUUUCGGAAAUAACCAAGUUGUUGACUUGCCUUUCCAAGGCAUCUUUUGUGUAUACCGUAUCACUGCUUUCAGAAUAGGGGACCAAGUCCUGUCAAUAGAGAGCUAAAACAAGACAUCUACAUUUCUAGUGGUUUGGUCGAAGUGUUAGCGACAUGUUCUCUAUCUCCGCAACCAGAUUUCCGUUUUACGUUUUGUUAAGUCUCUUCUGUGUUAUUUUGCUUACAGUACAUCAAAAGGGUUUGGUGUUUUUCUCUCAGUUAUCGCCGUUUUACAUGUUUUUUGCUCAUUUGCAUAAUGCUGAAUACUCAUGACAUGUCUCAUAUUUGAUGUUUUCAAGCUCAUGGGUUUUCAAGUUUUUGGAAAACAAGUAGUUGUGACGGUUUUGGAAAUCAUUCCUUUUUUACAUUAUCCAUACAAGUGGACGAGUUGUCAUAGCAACAUUUUACUGAAAUAUGGUUCACAUCUUACGGACAUGAUUCCUUGUGGACGUGUCUUGCUAGCAGACUUGCCUGUACAUAUUUCAAUGGGGGGGUGUUUUGCAUUUAGUGGACUUACCGUAAUUCAGUGCCAUUUACACUUUUUGUUUUGUAUGAUAUUGGAAUCAUGAUUCUCAUAUGCUUCUAUUUUUGUUUACACUUCAGAUCUGAGUGUGUUCACACAUUUUGUGAAAUAACAGAGAGUAAAUAAUCUUCAUAUACCACUGACUUCUUUAGGAAUAGUCUUUUUUUGUAAAUAUUACAUUUAAGUAGACGUAAAUAGUAAAGUCACUGCCUUUUGAAUAUAGCCCAACCUCAUUAUUUACAUAUAUACAUAUGUAUUUGUAAUUUUUUGUCAUUAAUGACUAAUAUAGCGGCGGGUAAAAUGUUUUCAUUAGAUUUUUAUAUGAUUGGAUCAAGUAAUUGAUGACAUUUUUCUGUAACUCUGAGAAGGUCUUUGUUCAGAGGCUUUUAUUGACUGUGUUCAAUAUUCAAAUUGAAUUCAAUGGCUUUCAAGAAAAUGGUACUCUUGCACUUGAAAGUAGUUGAACAUCGAAGUGAUGAGAUUUUUCAGGAACACUGACUAAAGUUAACAUCCAAACGAUGACAUUUUUCAGGAACACUGACUACAGUUAACAUCCAAGUGAUGACAUUUUUCAGGAACACUGAUGUAUCAGAGUAUUUGAAGUUGAAGCAAAUGUGUUCAGAAAAGGAAUGAAAUGCUGGAUGGUGUUUUACAUGAAUUGUCGGAAGGAGGACUAGUCACACAACAGGAGGAAAAUGGGGAUUAUUCAGUUAACAAACGAGCUAAUUACAAACUAAUUCAGAAUAAUAUUGUUUGAAAAAUGACUUUAGAACUUGUGGUACAUGUUUAACAAAUACUAGUUCUCAAUGAUUGCUGUGUGAAGUUUCGAAUUUUUAUAACAUUUUUAGAAGCAACUAGUUGUAUCUUGGUGGUAUCCUGUUCAGAGAGACGAGUGUGAUGACCUUGACCUCACCCGAUAUUAUUGACACCAGUGUUGACUCAACAAGACAACAGUCAUCAAUCCAGGAUUUAUUUCCUCCAUUUUUUGUCAUACAAACUAUGUUUAUUUUUUGUGUGUACAAUUUUAUAUUUUGUGUUCCGACAGGGCUGCAAAACUUGAUUACUUGUUUUUAGAUUUUCUUCCUCAUUUAUACACAUACUUUGAAAAUCAUAUUUAAGUGAUGCAUUUGGAUUUUGGAUUUGUUUCAGGGCAUUACUUUGGUAAUUCUUGCUGAUUUGUCGUUAGAAAUAUUUGGGGGUUUAAAAUCCCAUUGUGUGAUCUGAAUAGUGUUUAAGAACAAAUAAUCAAUUUUCUAAAUGACUUUGUGUAAUCAUGAAUAAUAAUUUUAAGCACCAAUAGUUUUUAUGUUUUAUUCACCAGUUUUACAUGUUUUAUUUUAUUUACAGCAUCUAUGUUAGGCUUUUUACAAGUUGACAUUUUUACUUUUAGUCAGUGUGUAGUUAAGGCGUAAUCUGACACUGGGACAACGUUAGCUUUGUGUUUAGAUGUAGAAAUGUUUCAUGCUUUUGGCAUGGUUUUGAAGCUUUAAUUGUUAGUGAUUUGUUGUAGAUUUCAGAAGUUAAUGAUUAUGAUUGGUUGUCAAUCAGUGAUGUUAUACACCAUAGGACUAGCGCUAGACAGCCAAGUUGUCUGAUUCAUAGCUGGAGUUUAAUUGUGUUGUAAAAUGCUGUAAAAAGGGUAUAUUUUUAAAUGUCCAUUUUGGAAGCUUUGAUCUUUUCAAGUUCUGAUGAGAGCAUUUUACUGGGUAGCAGGGAUCGAAUGACACUAUGUAUGAAGCCCAAGAAUGAUAGUACAGCGGUGUUCAGAGCAUGACCAUUACUACAGCAUUAUUCAUGAAUACCCUGUAAGAGAUCCUACAGGUUCAUGAAUACACAGAAAUGUCCUAUGAAAUAAAGCUGGUAAGUCGUUCAUGAAUAUCCAGGACAAGACCAUUUUUACAACAUUGUUAAUAAAUAUUGUAUAUCUCUUGAUAUAAUAUAGAGAUAGCACGAUAUUGGUUCAUGAACUCACAGAAAAAGACCACUGGCAUAUCUUUGUUCAUGAAUAACUAGAAUAGGACCACUAGUACACCACUGUUCAUGAAUAAUUUACAUCAGACAACUGGUAACCAUUGUUAAUGAAUUCCUUCGAUAAGACCAAAUGGUAACAAAUAUUCAUGAAUAAUUUACAUCAGACAACUGGUAACUAUUGUUAAUGAAUUCCUUCCAUAAAACCAAAGGGUAACAAAUAUUCAUGAAUAAUUUAGGUCAAACAACUGGUAACCAUUGUUCAUGAAUAUCCCUGACAAGUCAACUGGUAUCAUAUUGUUUAAGAAUUUUCGGGACAGAACCCUUGUAAAAUAUUGUUAAUGAACCCAAGGAUAGGACCAGUGGUAUAACACUCCUCCAGGGAAAGGAAGGUCCAUGUUUGCCUCUCAGCAGAGCUAGUGUAGUGACAUGUAUUACUAUAGCAUUCCAUUAGACGUUUUUCCAUUCAGCUCUUGUGUGGUUUACAAGGAGUGUUUGUAGCAUAUUGUGUUUUAUCGAUAUUAGCUUUUACUGUGUACGGUUCAGUGUUGAUGACAAUGGAAGUGUUUUUGUAUGAAGGUUUUCUUGUACAUUUAAUAUAACCUUAUCCUGCAUUACUUUGAAUGUAUAUUGUCAGACUUUCGUAGCAACGGGACAGGGGAACAAUAACACGAACUCUAAUUUUCAAUUUUUGCCUUGGUAGGGGAUGUGUUGAUUAUAUACUGAGAGAAACAAAUGAAGGAACACAGGUAAAUUCAAGCUUUCCUUUAAUAUUUUUCAGUUUUCAUAACCAGCUUUGAAUAGCAUUGUGGCAGGGAAUCUGAGAAUAAAUAUAGGAAUACUGCCAUGAAGUGGUGUUCCCUUUUUGUUUCCCUCAGUAUAUUUUUGGUGUAAUAAAUUGUUCUGUGUGCACCUUCUAUUACUUCAGAUCUACUGAGUGUAGUCACGUUUCAGAUGACAUAUUUUCAAGUAAUGCCACAUGUAGUUUCUGAUCCAGUCUAUCUCCAGGAGCUUUGCAUGACAUGUUUGGUGACGACUGUGCAUUUGGGUUCAUUUGAUGUUGUCUUCCAUUUGUUCCGAACAGCACAGAAUUAGCAGGUGUCAUGGAAGGCUGGGGUGUUAGUUUCUACUUUUAUCAAAUACUCUGCAGACGCUGUUCUGUUUUAUCAUGACAUUUCAUACUGACACAAGGUAGUCUGAUUUUGACCAAAGGAACCCAAGAUGGUCUGUCUUUGACCAUGGAACCCAAGAUUAUAUGGUCUUUGACCAUGGAACCCAAGAUGGUCUGGUCUUUGACCAUCGAACCCAAAAUGGUCUGGUCUUUGACCAUGAACCCAAGAUAGUCUGGUCUUUGACCAUGAACCCAAGAUGGUUUGUCUUUGACCAUGAACCCGAGAUGGUUGGUCUUUGACCAGAGGAACCUAAGUUGGUCUGUCUUGUACCAUGGGAACCCAACUCGGUCUGGUCUGUCUUUGACAGUGGGAACCCAACUCGGUCUGGUCUGUCUUUGACCAUGGAACCUGAGACGGUCUUUCUUUGUCCAGAAUAACUCAAGAUGACCUUCUUUGACCUAGAAACUAGCAUGUCAAUUGUUAUGUUGAAACCUCCAUAUUGACUUUGAGCAUGACCAGUCAUUUCUUACCUGCCCCACAUGAGCAAAAUGCUUCAAGUCUACUUGUUCCCCAGCUUUUGCAGCAGUUGAUACAUGGCAUAGACUCUGAAUCCACUGAAUGUCAUAUCACUGUCUCCGUCCAACACUAGUCUGGUUCUGGCUUUGUAGGCUGUGCACUGGGUAGAACCACAUCUAAAACCCUACGUCCUUCUCAAUAAGUCCACAAUCAUCUGUAACUUACAAUGUGAAAUCAGAUCUUUCAGGCUCUUGUAGUCAAAGGCAGAGUUGUCUAUUCCUGGCAGUGUGAAGCAAGGAGUUGGUAAGGUCAUGACAUCCUUUAUAUCAGUGACAUUCAGGCCACUGUAGACGUUGAAAGGUCGCCCAAAUUCAGUCAGGGCAGUGUUAACAAGGAUGGGGUAAUGAUACGACAUGCUUUUUGUCAGGAAUCCGUCAGAUGUCACAUAUAGGAGAAUGUGCCUGCAGCAAAAUAUUAUUAUCAAUAAUGUAUUAAAGCAUGAACAGUAAUUUCCAGUAGGAUUUCAAACAAACAUUGUAUGACAGUAAGAGGAUUUAUAGGUCUGAAGAUGGAUCUGAUGGUUGUGAUUCAUAUUUCGAAGAGUUAUUUUUCUAAACAUGAAAUGUAAUGGUUCACUGUUUUAAGCUUUAAAUUUUCUUGACAGAUCAUUGGCAGUGACAAAAUAAAAACAAUAUUUUCACAUUGUAUGUCAAUAUAACAAUGAUGUUUGACAAAUGUUGGGCAAAGGUUAGAUACUCUUACUGCUUGACUGUUGUGUUCACAUUCUAGAAGUUAUGAUCAAAUAGGAAAGAAACCUGCAAUUUUUAAGAAUAUGUUAUAGAUAUGUUUUUCAAGGAUGCCUAUUAACAGCAGAUCUCUGUAGAUGAGAAUAUUACAGCUUAAAAAUAAACGUGCAGGUUGUAGCAUCUGAAUAUUUCAGUCGAAGGUAGUUUCCAGUUUCAGUGUGAAGGACAAAACACAUGCAGCACAACGCAAAAAAACAUUGUCAAUUUCAUGUAAUCAUGAAUAAUUGUAAAGCUAGUUCAAUUAGUGCUUCUAUAGUGUUUUGAUUAGUGCUUUCACUUGUGCUUUACUGGGUGCUUCCUUUAUUUCUUGUCGAACUUCAGCACCUGUUAGACUAUAGAUCUUUUUAACAUUGAAACAAUCAAGCAUUUACUUGCCUGGCUAAGCCAGUUUGUGUUAUUGUUAAAUGUGUCAUGGGGCUUGGAACAUGUCAAGCAUUUAUGGUGUUUCUUUUGUAGUCCACACCAUGAGGUUUUAUAGAUCUACAUUAAAGUAACAACAUUUCAAUGAAAAGAUCAAGGACAGUAGAGUCACCUUGUCUCAGCCAGAGUACUAUUUAGUAACACACAGUCAUGAGAUGUUUGCUGGAUGUUCGUUAAUUAACAUUUUUCUUACUGAUUUGUUUUUUGAUGACGAAAAAAGAAUUUUAAAAAUCUUUAAAUUUUAAACAUGACGGCUGUAAAUUUUGAAGUUGUUAUGUUUAUUUUUGUUGACAAUAUUAUUUUCCAGUCAGUUAACCAGUGCAGUUUUUUGUACACUUUUGCCUUUCCUGGUUUCUUUCCAGCUUGUGGUUUUCGCAUAGCACCAUACUAUGUAAUAGUAAAGUGAUAUAUUCAGGUACUUCAUAACUUCACGGGCACCUCGAAGGUUGUCGAUCUUCAAUUCUACAGCUUUAUUUUGUUCCAUGAACUGAAACAGUUUGUUGAUGAACAAGCUUUAAUGUUCACUCUUUUUUUCUGGCAAUUUGUAUAAUCACGGGUACACUUUGAAUUCCCUCAUAAUGACUUUACUUUCAGUUCAUGUUGAAAAAAAGUUGUAUAAAAUCAUGUUGUGUUAAAGUUUGAAUCAAAUCCAAGCAAUCAAAGACCGCAAUUAACCAUUUGGUAGAAUGUUACAGUGUUUGUUGUUAGAAUGUUAUUGGUGUCAGCAGAUCCUGUCCAACCAUGAUCAUCAGUACAAUAGCUGUCACAAGGAUAAACAUCAUUUACUGGUCUCCAAAAGUAGAUUUUAAUCACAAAUGUUUGGAAUUGAAAAAUAUAUAUUAUAUCAUGAAUACUUUGUUACGCAAAGUUGAUUAUUCAUUGAAGCUUGCAUCACAUGUGUUACAACACAGCAUAACCCCCCAAUAAUUCCAUACAUUAGCAACAAAAAAUAAAUGACAAUGAUGUUAAAAGACCAGUUCUGUGAAGUAUAUUUUAAAAAAUUUGGCUCUGACUGUUAGUUUGGAAUAUGACCAAGUAUUUUCAGGUGGUUGUUUAAGCAGGAUGUGUUCUUUUAUAGUGCUGACUCUGGUGUCCCCCGCCGUGAUGUUGCUGGAAUAUUGCUAAAAGCGGCAUAAAACCAAACUCAGUCAGUCAGUCAGUUAUAGUGCUGACCUAAUUAUUGGUGAAAAAUAUGGCAGAGUAUUGACAGUUGGUGCAGAAAUGUAGAAUCAGGAAUAAUUAUAUUGUUACCUCAAGGUAAUUGACAAGUUAAGCGGCUUACUCGAGAGAUCCUUUCAGAGAGUUCUGUGGGAUAAGUUCCAUUCAGUGAAGUGGUUAACCUCUAUGUAAAUAACUGAUAUCUGUUUCCAUGGCAGCAAGCAAUGAUAGAAAUAUAUUGAUCUACACUUCCAUCACAGAGACUGCUUAGCACAGACAUUUUGAGCUUCAUUGUUCUGAUAUUCCUAUGAAGCGUGAUGAUGCUGUAUUUUCAGCAAUAGAGGCACAGGGCCAGUGUGAGAUUAGAGCUUUUCAUAUUCAGGGUAAAACUGGCAAAAGAAACGAAGACAGCAACACUUACCAGUCCCAUUCUUUCAUACAGCAAACAAAUGGGAGAUAACUCUGACAAGGCUUAGUGUAUUGUAAUCACUGCUAUGUUCAUGAUAUUACAGCUUAUCGUAGACCAUCUGAUUUCUGAUUGAUGUAGAAUGUUUACUCUUGGGGUAAUGUUGUCAGAGUGGCGUUCUGCUGUGAUUUGCAUUUGCCUCUUGUCCUAGCAGCUGUUGCUUGCUGCGGCUUCCCAGGGAUAUCUGUGUUUACUGUUGCCUGGCUCUUACUCACAUUCUUUAUAUUUGUACAUGACUGUUGUCAAUAAAUGUCACGAAAACACUCUC